AUGCGCUCACUUGACGGGUACGCCGCACUAUGUCAGCUGCCGUCGUCUGUGGUUCUUAAAGCCAUCGUCGAUCUGAACAACGAGUGUCGUUCUGUCCUCGACCCCACCAGGACACUUCCCCCAGGUUCACAAACUGCACUCACGUCCGUAAUGUCCAGUUCCAGCGAUGACACCUUUGGGUUCGAACUAUCUCAGGCUCUCACGAUCCAAAUCUCCGCAAUGAUCGUGGAAACUAUCAUUUAUGGAUUCUACAUCGGUGUCUUCAUACUUUCGACAUGGUUCACCAUCCGGAAGGGGAUCUGGACGCGCGCCAACCAGUUCAUGUUGACGAUCACCAGUGCCAUGCUCAUGGUCGCUAGCGUACACUGGGGACUCUCUGUGCGGUACACGAUGCUCAUCGUUCAGACCCAAAGCCAGCGAGUGUCGGCGAAUCACAACUCUGGGCCCAACUGCUGUCCAGCUGAACUUGUCCUUGGUGAUGUUUAUUUUGAACGAUGUGGUUGUGGUAUGGAGAGCUUGGCUGUUGUGCGGAAGAAGGGGUCGCCGUGUUAUAUGCAUCUCUCGCACUUCGUCGGUCGCAAAGACGUAUCAUUCGCUGAUCAAGAGCCCGUGCCGUCUCCCGUGACGACAGUCGGCGAAAUUAGCUUGUCGCUCUUCAAUCUUGCCAAAUUGCCAAGUAUAUGGAAUUACCUUCUCGAACAAAUAGUGGUCGAGAGGAACUUCCAAUUGCUCGAUACGCUGAAAGUCACAACACCGGUGUAUAUUGCGUGUAGUGUCACUGUGCUGAUCAACAUAGGCGCUACCAUUGUUAUCACCUACAAAGCCUGGGUGCACCGACGGCUCAUCAGGGAGAUAAACCAGAGAGACACAAUAGCAACCAAAAGUCCGGAGCGAUCUACUGCCUGA